AUGUCUUUGCGGCCAUGUGUCAAGCCGCCCCGCUGCCCCAACCCGGACGAGGACGAGUCCUUUCUCACCGAGUUGGUUCAUCUGGUUGCCGAGAAAGUCCGCCAUACUGCUGGCAUAGCCGUCUAUGAAGUAGGCGGUAUGGGUUUGCUGCUCCUCUUGCAGCGGAAGGCUGUCAAGUUCUUGUGGAAAAAGGCUGGAGGAGGGUCAUUGAACUCUUCACCUUGA